UUAUACAAGGUGGUUCCUCCCGAGGGCUUCAGUCUUCACACAUUGAACCCACACGCCAAGUUCUAUUUCGUUUUUCCCCCUUCUGAAAGUCGCUAUUCAUCGAAGAAAAUUCCUCAAGGAAUUUUUGAUUUCUUAAUCAAUGGUUGGAAAGGAUUCGGAUUAUCGUAUAUUUGUGGGAGGGCUCUCAUGGGACAUCACCGAACGUCAGCUUGAAAGCGCCUUUAGUCGUUUCGGCAAAGUUAUCGACUCUCAGAUUAUGAUUGAAAGAGAUACUGGUCGUCCACGAGGAUUUGGGUUUCUGACAUUUUCAGACCGCCGAGGUAUGGAAGAUGCAAUCAGGGAAAUGCAUGGCAGCGAGAUUGGUGAGCGAGUUAUCUCAGUGAACAAGGCCCAACCUAGAAUGGGCAGCGAUGAUCCAGACCAUGGCUAUGGUGGAAACUACCCAUCACGUGGUAGAGGCAGCUAUGGUGGAGCAGAUAGGUCUCUAGGGCAGGACGAGUGCUUCAAGUGUGGUCGUCCAGGGCACUGGGCUCGUGAUUGCCCUUCAGCAGGUGGUGGUCGAGGUGGCAGCGAGUUCUCCUCACGCUCCAGGUUUAGUGGGGCUGGCGGCAGUGGAAAUUACUAUGGAGAGCGUGAUCGUGAUCGUUUCAUGAAUGAUAGAUAUGAUGGAGGAAGUUUUGGAGAUAGAGAUCGAUAUGACAGCAGAGAAAGCAAAUACGGAAGUCACAGCCGCUAUGCUAAUGAAAGGUUUCCACCUACUGGAGAUCGGUUUGGAGUUGACAGGUACGGGGCUACAGAUCGCUACCUACAAAAUGGGUAUGGGCGGGAGAGAGAUUAUGAUCGGGAUGUUGGGCGUGAGAGGUAUGGAGGUGGAGGUCCUGCACGUUAUGAAGGAAGAAGCUACAGGGAUAGAGCAGGUCCUUAUGACCGCCCUAGAAGGGGUGGAGGUCGUCCAUCUGCCAUCGACUAUUGAAAAGCUUCUUUUCUGGUAAAUUAGCAAAUUGACUCUGUUAGUUAGAUGUUUGUAUAUCUGCAUGGUAUUUUGAUCUUAACUGGAUGUUUGUAGCUGGAAUCUUUCUAUUAAACAAAGUAUAGGUUAAAA